CACACUUAUGAUACUCUGGAGUAAAGCGGGUAAUUUGCCAGUAGCAAGGAUGGCGGGUCUAGAGGUGUUUGGGGAGAUGGAGUGAAGGGUUGUCUCGGGGCAUCCUCGAGUUAGCGGGGGAAGGCCCCAGGAUCUGCCUGUAUCCCCAGAGACGAAAGGAAGGAGACAGCAGGAUAAGUCUGAUGGUGUCACUAAAGUACACUAACUGAAGUUCAUACGUUAUCUUGAGGAGGACCUCUCGUGGAGUGGUACUGGCGUGCUUCUGGGUAUGCGCUAUGCAUUGAGCAACCAUGGACUGCAAGGAGAAGCGUCUGCGUUGCGCUCUGCGCACUCUCUCCCUCUCUAUUGCUCUCUGCUUCUCUGUGGGUGGCAGCACUGGAAGUUGCUCUUCUCAAGGCUCCAACUGGUGCAGCAAUCUUAGCCCAGAUGCUUUUUAAGCAGACAGAUUUGUGGAUGUCCCAGCAAGCCAAAAGUGGCAAAGAUGAAAUGACUGCAAAUUUGGGUCUGACCACAACAAAGGCCCUGACUAUCCUGAGAGACCAGCUAUCCACACUGCUAGAGGGCCAUCAGAAGGAAAGGAAGAAAGUGAUUUCAUGGAAGGAGGUGUGGAAGACCAGUUUCUUGUACCAUGGCAACCGUUGCUCCUGUUUCCAUUGGCCAGGGGCAUCCCUGAUGCUGCUGACAGUGCUGGUACUAUUAUGCUGUUAUGGGAGCCAGCCGCAAGGAAGCGAAGGUUCUGAAAUUGUGAAUGCCUUGGCGCUCUUCCUCCUGGUGCUCCUUGAUCUCGUCUUGAUUGGACGGCAGGAGAGACUGAAGCGCCGAGAAGUUGAGAGGAGGCUCCGGAACAUCAUCAACAAAAUAAACGAUGCCUUAAGGGAUGGCAAAGAACUGAACUGGGCAAACGCCACGUACCCUGACCUUCACAUGCCUUUUGCCCCAUCUUGGUCACUGCAUUGGGUCUACAGAGAUGGCCAUCUGGUCAACCUCCCCGUCAGCUUGUUAGUAGAGGGUGAUGUUAUUGCUCUGAGGCCAGGACAGGAGUCCUUCACUUCUCUUAGAGGGAUUAAGGAUGAUGAGCACAUAGUCCUUGAGCCAGGGGAUCUCUUUCCUCCCUUUUCUCCUCCACCCUCCCCAAAUGGGGAGCUAAAGAAGGGACCUCAGAAUCCCCAGCUGUAUCGACUCUUUCGUGUCACGAAAACUCCAGUGAUUGACAAUGUCAGGUUGUGUUUGGACAUGGCUUUGUCACGGCCUGUGACUGCUUUGGAUAAUGAAAGGUUUACAGUACAGUCGGUGAUGCUCAAGUUUGCUGUUCCUAUUGUGCUGAUUGGUUUCCUGGUCACCAAUGCUAUGCGCUUUGUUUUCAUGGCUCCUGGAGUAGUCUCUUGGCAGUACACAUUUCUUCAGCUGCAGGUCAAUGGUGUCUUGCCCAUCCUCCCACUGCUGUUUCCUGUCCUGUGGAUUCUUGCUACAGCCUUUGGUGAAGCCAGAGUCUUGGCCCAGAUGAGCAAGGCCUCACCCACUUCCCUGCUGGCUAAGUUCUCAGAGGACACACUCAGCAGCUACACAGAGAUGGUUUCUUCCCAGGAAAUGAUCAGGUGUAUCUGGAGCCACUUCCUGCAUGUUCUGAAGGGCAAGUCUCCAACGCUCACCUUCACCUCUAGCUUACUUCACAGCCUGGGAUCUGUCACAGUGCUUUGCUGUGUGGAUAAGCAAGGAAUUCUGUCCUGGCCUAAUCCCAGUCCAGAGACGGUUUUGUUCUUUAGUGGCAAAGUGGAACCGCCUCAUAGCAGCCAUGAAGACCUGACGGACGAACUCUCUACGCGCUCCUUCUGCCACCCAGACAUGGAUGAAGAGCCCCAUGAAAGGGAUGCUCUGCUCUCAGGGCCUUUGUCAGAUGUGGUUCGCAUCACCAACGAACAAGACCGGGCUGAGUGGUCCACCAGCAACACCCCCAAAUCUUCUGAUACUCAUAUUCACAAGAAACCAGUCACCCGCAGCAAGCACCCUUCAGGGUCCAACGUGAGCUUCAGCAAGGACAUUGAGGGUGGGGAGGAGGAUUCUAUGCAGGUUGAGGCUGACAGCGAGGGACUUGCGUGCGAGGCGGAAGACUUUGUGUGCGAUUACCACUUGGAAAUGCUCAGCCUGUCGCAGGACCAGCAGAAUCCCUCCUGCAUCCAGUUUGAUGAUUCCAACUGGCAGAUGCACUUAACCUCCCUGAAGCCCCUGGGCUUGAAUGUGCUGCUCAAUCUGUGCAACGCCAGCGUGACGGAACGCCUGUGCCGCUUCUCCGACCACCUCUGCAACAUCGCCUUGCAGGAGACGCACAAUGCUGUGCUGCCCGUUCACGUGCCCUGGGGGCUCUGUGAGCUUGCCCGGCUUAUAGGCUUUACACCUGGUGCCAAAGAGCUUUUCAAGCAGGAGAACUACUUGGCCCUUUACCGCCUGCCAUCGGAUGAGAUGGUGAAAGAGGUGAUGCUCGGAAAACUCUCAUUCAUCACCAAGAGGAGGCCGCCUUUGAGUCACAUGAUCAGCCUUUUUGUGAAAGACACCACUACCAGCACUGAACAGAUGCUUUCCCAUGGAACUGCUGACAUCAUCCUUGAGGCCUGCACGGACUUCUGGGAUGGCUCUGAUAUCUACCCGCUGUCGGGCUCUGACAGGAAGAAAGUGUUGGAUUUCUACCAGCGUGCCUGUCUGUCGGGUUAUUGCUCUGCCUUCUCUUACAAGCCCAUGCACUGUGCCUUGUCCUCUCAGCUCAAUGGCAAAUGCAUAGAGCUGGUGCAGGUCCCCGGACAGAGUGCCAUCUUCACCUCCUGUGAUCUCCCUGGGACUACCCCCAUCAAGCAGAGUAGCCGGAGGAACAGCUGGAGCUCGGAUGAAGGGAUUGGGGAAGUGAUGGAGAAGGAGGACUGUAUCCAGGCUCUGAGUGGCCAGAUCUUCAUGGGAAUGGUCUCGUCGCAGUAUCAGGCCCGAUCAGAUGUUGUUCGCCUCAUCGAGGGACUAGUCAAUGCCUGCAUUCGUUUUGUCUACUUCUCUCUGGAAGAUGAACUCAAGAGCAAGGUGUUUGCUGAGAAGAUGGGUCUUGAGACGGGCUGGAACUGUCACAUAUCCCUCACACCCAAUGGAGAUGUGCCUGGUUCUGAAAUCCCGCCCUCCAGCCCCAGCCACGCAGGCUCUUUGCGUGAUGACCUUCAUCAGGUCUCUCGAGACGAUGCAGAAGGCCUUUUGCUGAUGGAAGAAGAAGGACACUCGGACCUUAUUAGCUUUCAGCCGACAGACAGUGAUAUCCCCAGCUUCCUGGAGGAUUGUAAUAGGGCCAAACUUCCACGGGGGAUCCACCAGGUGAGGCCCCACCUGCAGAACAUUGACAACGUGCCUUUGCUCGUUCCUCUGUUUACAGAUUGCACCCCAGAAACCAUGUGUGAGAUGAUCAAGAUCAUGCAGGAGUACGGGGAGGUCACCUGCUGCCUGGGCAGCUCUGCUAACUUGCGCAACAACUGCCUUUUCCUUCAGAGCGACAUCAGCAUAGCCUUGGAUCCACUUUAUCCCUCCCGCUGCUCCUGGGAGACGUUUGGUUAUGCCACCAGCACUAACAUGACCCGUAUCUCUGAUGAGCUCACUCCUCUCCAGCUGUCUGGCCAGUUGAACAGCUUGUCCUGCUCCCUGUCUAUUUAUCCGGAAGAAACCAUUGGGAUCGUCAGACUUAUAGAGCAGGCCCGGCAUGCAACAUAUGGCAUCCGCAAGUGCUUCCUCUUCCUCCUCCAAUGUCAGCUGGCUCUGGUCAUCAUCCAGUUCCUCUCUUGCCUGGUGCAGCUGCCUCCCAUUCUCAGUACCACAGACAUUUUGUGGCUCUCCUGCUUCUGCUACCCAUUGCUAAGUGUGUCCCUCCUGGGCAAGCCCCCUCAUAGUUCCAUCAUGUCUAUGGCUACUGGGAAAAAUCUGACCUCCAUUCCUAAAAAGACUCAGCACUACUUCCUGUUCUGCUUCCUGCUGAAAUUCAGCCUCACCAUCUGUUCCUGCUUGGCUUGCUUUGGCUACACGCUGCAAGAUUACUGUGCAAACUUCAACUCAUCUGCCUUCAAUGUGAAUGUCACAGGCUGCUCCUCCAUCAUGCUGCACAGUGCAGAAACCCCCCCUGAUUGGUUUGGGUCAUUUUCCAACGUUCUUCUCUUGGCCCAGAAGUUUACAGCUGGCAUGAUUGUCUUACAUACUGUGUUUAUCUCUGUCACCCAUGUCCAUCGCACCAAGCCACUGUGGAGGAAAAGCCCCUUCACUAAUUUCUGGUGGACCCUGACGGUAGCAGUUGUAUUGCUGGGUCAGGUGAUCCAAACCCUCCUGGACCUCAAGCUCUGGGUAAACCUUGAGUCUCCUGUGACCUACAAAAUGGAUGACAUUCCCAUGGCCUCCUGGCUGCUGGGUUUGCUCUCCCUUAUCCUUGUCGUGAUCAUCAAUGAGACGGUCAAACUCCACGAAAUCAGGGUUCGAGUACGUUACCAGAAAAGGCAGAAGCUGCAGUUUGAAACCAAGCUGGGCAUGAAUUCUCCAUUUUAACCCCUCCACCAGCAGGAGAUGCCCUGGAACUGCGAACCCGAGAACUGGAGGGCCUGAGGACUGCAUGUUCCUUUCCCACACAGCUGUGUCACUUUGCUGGGAGAGAAAAACAGCCGUACAUGUGAAUCCCUCUGGCGGGUGUGGAUCAAAAGAGACCAGCCCCAAGGUUGGGACAGCUGCAGCAGGAGCUCUGGAUGAAGGUUCAGUGCCCAGGGGACAGACAGCAUGGACGGCACACAGGCUGCUGCUACUGUUAUUUAUUUUAGUACCUCUUCCCUUGGGAGCUCCUUGUAAUCCAGCGUAUGCCGUUUUGCAAGGAAUUUUUAUUAUGACGUGGCUUUCAGCCUUUCACGAUUGGACAUUUUAAUUCUCCGCCCCUCUUGCCUUCCUGACCUCCCUGUCUGUCCCCUCUGUUCAUGUGUGGUGAUGCAUCUCGCUUCUGGUAGUUCUGGGGAUGCUGCACGUUUCCCCCAGGAGGGAAUGAAAGCUAGCCUUUCCUGCUAGCUGGCCCUACAGAAGGGUCCCAGGGAAGCGUUGCCCAGAACAAAGGCGCCUUCUCCCAAUUUACAGAGAGGAGGCUGCCCUCUCAUGGAAGACCCACAGGACUGCAGCAUGCCUGGCAGGAGGGCUUGGGGGAGAUUUGCUAAUGAGUACAAAAGUGACUCUGCAGGCAGGAUCUCCAGUUGAAUUCCUUUGGGAUGUAAAGUGCAUAACGCAGAGUUAACAGGCAAGGCCCUUCAUCCCUAUAGUGAGAGUUUUCUUUAGGGAUAAGAAAGUUGUGCUUUUGUGAUGAUCUCAGCUGGGCCAUGUUCCAUAAGGAGAUUCUCCCUUAAUGCUCAGUACUAAAAGGGCUCAAUUUGUCUCUUUACUUCUCUCUCUCUCUCAUACAUAUAGUAUUUGAUAAAGCUUUUUGAAUGACCAGGGAUUGGGAGAUAAUGAGGAUCCGUGUGCUCCUAUACACAUAGAAAUCCAACUGCCUGGACCAGAUCUGUGGCCAAUGUUGGUUUCAUCCAAAAGUCUGUUCCCAAAAUAGAGACCCAGUCUGGGGCGGGGGAAUUCACCCAGUACUGGUGGGAAUCUACAUCCUCAAUCCAUCCCCUUUCUUACCUGCCAAUUUUAGCUAUGGUGGGUGAAUUCUGGAUGCUUUUUUGGCAGGAGGAAAUGACGAAGACCUCUGCUGACCAACCUCUCUUCUCCACAUGGCUCUGUUUAGGGGCCCAUACCAGGGGCAGCCUCUUUUUCAGCAGGACUCUUUCACUCCCCCCCCCCCCCACACCUCCUGCCCCAAUCACCCUUCAAUAUCAGGGCAUGUUUUGGUCAGGCAGAGGAUAUUUUGGAGUAAAUAUUUUGGGGAUAUUGUGGACUGAUGUGGAGUAUUCAGGAUUCCAGAAUGAACUACUCCUGAGGUGGGCAGAAUGUAGAUGCUGGGACUUCAACUCCUAGCAUUCUUGACCAUUGGCCAUACUGGCAGAAACUUCUGGGAUCUGCUUUCUGCUCACUCCUGAUCUACUUUACUUGUUGGGUACUUUGCCUAGAGCAACCUGGCUGGCAUGACACAUUUAUUAGUAAUGUGUUGUGAUUAUGUCUCUCCAUACGAGUUUAAAGAAAUGCCUAUUAAUGCCAUCUUGAAAUUGUCAGGGCAAGCCUUUUCCAACCUUGCGCCUUCCAGGUGUGUUGGACUACAACUCCCGUCAUUCCUGGCUAGCAUUGUGUAAUGUUAGAAGCAAGUGAUAGGAAUUUUAGUCCAAUGUGCUGCAAUUGUCUCCAAAAAAAGUUGUAAGAAAUUCCAAUUAAUUCUAGCUUGAAAUUGAAUGGGCCAGCCCUUUCCAAUCUGGUGCCCUUCAGCUGUGUUGGACUACAACUUCCAUCAUCCCUGGCUGGCAUUGUCGAACGCUAGCAGAGGGUGAUAGGCACCAGGUUCGAACAGGCUGACUUUAGACAGUCCAAAUCACCUCAUACUAUAUGUUUAAAAACAUUGGCCCAUUGUAGCAUGGCUGUUGCUAAAUCUGCUAAACUCUCUCUGCUUUCUUAAAGAACUGGUGAUAAAUUGACUAUUCAUGUUUGUGACUGAACACCAUUUGGGGGGUACUUUAUUCUUCCACAUUAGGCAAAAUGCUGGAUGAUGAUUACAUACUGUGACCUGAUGUUAUUGGGUUUCCUUCUGAAUGGGGGAAGAGAUCUUUGAUAUGUGAAGGAUUUUAAGAAGUUUGUAGCAUAUUGCUAGACCAGAAUACUUUCUAUAACGUCCACUGCACAUGACAAAGUUCUCAAAAGUUGUGGUGUGUAUGUUGGCUGUAGUUGAUUUUGGCUGGGAAUUUGGUCAGUAGCCUGUUUUAAAAUUUUAAAAUAGGUUAUUGUCUAGAAAUUGUUAAAACCACUUCUCCUUUUCUCUUUCGACAUAGCUGUUUCCAGCACGUAACUAAAAGUGUUUUCAUCUUCUCACUUUAUGUGAUAUGUGAAAUAUUUGGAAGUUAGGCUGAUUUAUAUUGGGAAACGGAUGCUGAUCGCGAUUUGCGAAGCCACAUUUAAACAAUUCCCUUUGCCUCCACCCCUGUCUGAACCAGUUGGGAGACCCACAGGAAUUUUUGGGGUGAUUUUAAAAUGUAAUACUUGUCAAAAGCGCAAUGGGGCAGUUGCCCAGCUAGAGAAGGUAUUUUUCUGUAGAUUCCCCCCACCCCCACCCCAUGAUGGUUGAUCAUUCUGAAAAGGACUUUCCUCCUUGCACUUUCAUACACACAUUUCCCUUCUGGAUUGUUCUCAGUUCGUCGAAACAUGAAUGAAUGAACCUUUUCGGUGGCUGCCUCUUGAAAGGCCUUGUUCCCUCAACCCCUUGGCCAACCAGGCCUUCAGAAAAGCGUGGGGGCACGGCAUUAGGCACGAAUUGAAUCCAUCAAAUUGUUUUUAAAUGGUGUAUAUUUUAUAUUUAAGAGAUUUUUGGGGAUGUAUGUAAAAAAAAUAGAUUUGUAUUAAAAAAAAACUUGUAAAUUCUAUAAAAAAGAAACAAAGAGCACCUGAUAUGAAUGGCAAUAAAUGAUUGUCUUUGAUACAAUA